GAGGGGGAGGGAGAGGGAGGAAGAGAGGGAGACAGCCCGGCUCGGGUCGCACACGUUCACACGCUCAGGAGCAGAGGCGGAGAGAGGACCGCGCACAGAGCGAGAGCUCCGGAGAACCUUCAAGCGGCUCUUCCAUUGCAUGCAGCCCACACACACACACACACACGCCACCCACGCCGCGGAGCCCGCUCACGGAUCUAAAGAUGUGGACGGAAGUGGCAAAGCUGGUGCUCUUACAUGUGUUGCUCGUGGAGCUCCACGGCGCUAAAGGAACUAAUACGGAGUCGGAGUGUGAAACGGGGCAGUUUCAGUGCAAGAACGGACGUUGCAUCCCAACCCUGUGGAGGUGUGACGACGACGACGAUUGUUCAGACAGCAGCGACGAGGAGAACUGUCCAAAGAAGACAUGUGCCACCACGGACUUUGCCUGUAGGAACGGGCAGUGUGUCCCCGGCAGGUGGCGCUGUGAUGGAGAACCCGAAUGUGCAGACGGGUCAGACGAGGCUGAUGCAAUCUGCAGCCGACAGACCUGUCCACCGGAGAAGUUUGAUUGCGGCGGGGCUGCCAGCAAAUGUGUUUCGUUGUCAUGGCGAUGCGACGGAGAGAGGGACUGUGAGAACGGGGCGGAUGAGGACCAGUGCGCUGCAGAUGCCAGGGCCUGCCCCUCCAAAGACUUCCAGUGUCGCAACGGGAAAUGUAUGGCGCCGAUCUUCGUGUGCGACGGCGACGACGACUGCGGGGACGCCAGCGACGAGGUGAAGUGCUCGGCGCCCGCCUGCGGCCAGCACGAGUUCCGCUGCAACGACUCGGAGUGCAUCCCGGCCCUGUGGAGCUGCGACGGCGACCCGGACUGCAAGGACAAGUCGGACGAGUCCAUGGAGCGCUGCAGUCGGAGGACGGAGCCCCAGAGGCCCCGCUGCCCGGCGGGCGAGUUCCAGUGUGGCAGCGGGGAGUGUGUCCACACCAACUGGAAGUGUGAUGGAGACGCCGACUGCAAGGACAAAUCGGACGAAGCCGACUGUCCCCUGCUUACAUGCCGACCUGAUGAGUUCCAGUGUGGCGAUGGGUCCUGUAUUCACGGCACGAUGCAGUGCAACAAGGUUCACGACUGUCCGGACUACAGCGAUGAAGCCGGCUGCGUCAACGUUACAAAGUGUGACGGGUCAAGGAAGUUUCGCUGUAAGAACGGGGAGUGUAUUGACAGCAGCAAGGUGUGUGACAACGUGAAGGACUGCAAGGACUGGUCUGAUGAACCCAUGAAGGAGUGUGGCCUCAACGAGUGUGUGGACAACAAUGGCGGCUGCUCCCACAUCUGCAAGGACCGCAGGAUUGGUUACGAGUGUGACUGCCCCUCUGGGUACCAACUCCUGGAUAAAAAGACGUGUGGAGACAUCGAUGAAUGCGAGAACCCAGAUGCCUGCAGUCAGAUCUGCAUCAACUACAAAGGCGAUUACAAGUGCGAAUGCUACGAAGGCUACGAGAUGGACCCUGCCUCCAAGACCUGCAAGGCCGUGGGAAAGAGUCCGUACCUGAUGUUCACCAACCGCCACGAGAUCCGUCGCAUUGACCUGCUGAAGAGUGAAUACACACAGGUGGUUCCCACGCUGAAGAACGCGGUGGCCCUGGAUGUGGACGUGUCCACCAACAAGAUGUUCUGGUGUGAUCUCUAUCAUCGUAAAAUAUACAGUGCUUACAUCAACAAGGCCGGUGACUCGUCACAGCACCUGACUCUUAUCGACUCGCUCCUCUCCCCCGAGGGCCUGGCCGUCGACUGGGUCCACAAGAACAUCUACUGGACCGACUCUGGCAACAAAAGCAUCUCUGUUGCCACGGGAGACGGCAGGAAGAGGAAAGUGCUGAUAGCCACUGAGUUGAGCGAGCCGCGGGCCAUCGCUGUCGAUCCCCACCAAGGGUUCAUGUACUGGUCCGACUGGGGAGGUCAGGCAAAGAUUGAGAAGUCUGGUAUGAAUGGAGUGGACCGACAAGUUCUAGUGUCCGAACACAUCGAGUGGCCCAAUGGAAUCACUCUGGACUUGUCUAACAGGCGUCUCUACUGGGUGGACUCCAAGCUGCACCUGCUGUCCAGUGUGGAUCUGAAUGGGGACAACCGCAAAGUUCUGCUGUCCUCCCACCAGCACCUGGGACACCCCUUCGCCCUCAGCGUGUUCGAGGAUCGCGUAUAUUGGACAGACUUGGAGGACGAAGCGAUAUACAGCGCAAACCGGCUGACGGGACACGACGUGGCGAAGGUGGCCGAGCACCUCAACAACCCCCUGGACCUGGUCGUGUUCCAUGAACAGAGGCAGCCUAAAGCUCCGGACACCUGCAACAUGGGAAGCCUGCCCAACGGUGGCUGUGAAUACCUCUGUCUGAAGGCGCCGCAGAUCACAGACCACUCUCCCAAAUACACCUGUGCCUGUCCCGACCGCAUGGAGCUGGGACCCGACAUGAGGCGCUGUGCUAUGGUUCGACCCAGGGCAACCACAACAGCCACCACCAUCCCAACCACUACUCCCACUCCAACCACAGCAACAAGCACUACAAGCAGCACAAUGGUUACCGCCACCACGACCCCCCCGCCCACCACCACCACCACCACGACGAGCUCCACCACGAGUUCUGCCGCCACGACACCCAGGCCCACAAGCAGACGCCCGGCGACACAUUCUGCCCCCAAGACGCCCAGGAGGACCUCCACAGAGCGGCCUCGGACCCCCGCCGCCACGACGACAGGGACGACGAGCGUCAGCGGCACGCGUCGGGCGUCCACAUCCACACGCACCCCCCUGCUGCUGGGCCCGGUGGCCUCCAACGGCAUUCAACGAGAGAGCAACGCCAACCUCUCCCACAGAGGUAAGGAGGAUGCUGCCAGUGAUCACUACCUCAUAGGUAACAACAUCACUGUAGCUGUCCUGGGGAUAGUCAUUCCUAUUGUCCCUAUCCUUGCCACAGUGGUCAUCGGCCUGCUCUGCACCGGCGGCUACCUGGUGUGGCGCAACUGGCGGCGCAAGAACACCAAGAGCAUGAACUUCGACAACCCGGUCUACCGCAAGACCACGGAGGACGACGACGACGAGAUCCACAUCGGGCGACACAGCGAGUCCGUCGGUCACGUGUAUCCAGCACGCGUGGCACUCAGUCUGGAGGAUGAUGGCUAUCCCUGAGGGGGGGGGGGAAGCAGCCUACCCCCCCCCCCAUCCCCAUCCUGGCCCCUCCUCUCACUACAGCCGGAAGGAUCCCUCCUUUUACAGGAGCGGGGAUGGCAUGUACAUCUUGUAAAUCCCCCUCUCUCUCCUAUUUUCUCCACUGGAGUAACAAUACUACCACUACUAUCCAGUACUACUUCCCUUAGUGCUAGUUUUUAGUAGCCUUCUGUUUUAUCUGCCUCUAGUUAGAUGUAGUGGUGUGUGAAAUGCUGCUUGAUGAAUUUGUUCAAACUAACCUCAUUUGGUUGCCUCGGUGCACGUUGUGAACAAAAGGCCGGGGGGGAACCGGCAUGUAUUAUUUUUAAUUAUUAAUAUUGUGAUGUUUUUAUUUGUGUGCGUUAGCUGCUGGAAAAAAAUGUUGUCAGAGCCUCUCGGUGCUACAUCAAUACCGGCACAUUUGUUCAACUUUGCAAGGACUCACAGUUUCAGGCAAGGAAGUUAUUUCUCAUUCAUAGUUUUCUCAGCAUCAACGUUGAGUUGACGCAGCAGACAUCCCAUUUUACACCAGUCUCUCAUACUCCACUCUGUGACACAUUAUGCAGUGGGACGGCAAAUCUAAAUAUAGGAGAGGAGACAGAAGAAAGCAAUGUGGUUCUCCGGGCGUUUGGAGGUAAUCUUGAGGUGAGCGAGUUUGUGAGGGUAGGGGUUUGUGCCCCCACAGGGUGAAGGAUCAUAGGUGCUAUCAGGUGUUCUGUAAAGCCGAGAAUCGAUCUGGGACUCAAACCAGCUCCCGACUUUUUGUUUAUUUUGCUCCCGUGAAUGUUUUGGAGGUAAAUCUAGCGUCACAAAAAAUGAUCCAGGGAAAGGGUCACAAUGUGAAUGGUGCUUUGAGGUACAGAAUGAUAUGGCUUUCAACUAUGGAUGCACUAAUCCAACUGUCUUGCUAUUGAUAGAUAUUCCUUGGUUUUAGGUCAAAUCGAAGAGCAUUUUUAGUAGUAAUACUGCAUUUCUCGCACGCUAGACAGUAGCUCCAAAAACAACACUGGACAACUUCUCCACGAUGAUCAUGCCCAGCUCCAGUAGCCUCACAGCACUGCAUUUACCCAGAUAACUUAUUGGACUGUUAACAAGGUGUCAGUGUGUCUCCUGGAUCUGGAGGCUUGUGGUUAAAGGCCUUGUUUUGUGAGAUGAGUAACACACCGGAGCCGACUGAGCCGAGCACUGAUUGGAUAUGAAGGAUACAGAGUGGGUCUUCCAUUGGCUGCAGACAAGCUUCCAGCCCAUUGAAUCAGGUGGAUUUUUUUCUACUAUCGCAGUAAUUUCAAAUACUGCAAAGAAGGAGUAAAUUUAUGGAAUGUUAAUAUGAUAGCUAGUAGUUAUGGCGAAAUAACCACUCUCCUCUUCUGGAUUUCAUUUAGUUCAAUCUUCUUAAAAUUGUUAGGCGCACUUAUACGGCAUUAUAUAAGGUAUAGAAGUUACCUGAAACACUGGUCUUCCAUUUCCAGAACAAACACCUUGAAACGAUGCGUAUCGGCUGAGGUGAGCUAACAAAUACUUUUCUUCAUCUCGUCCUCAGUCUUAUUUCAGUAAACAAAAACCAGCGUAGAAUGCAACUCUUGACGUCUUCCAACUCACCGGGUUGUACCAAGCAAAUGUAUUUGUCUUACCAUAGAGACAGGUGGUGCAAACAGUUGAUCAGCGGUAGUUGUUAUUCAUGGUUCUGACUGGACAUGUUUGCAGAGUGUAGAUUUCUCGGGGUAACCACAGGGGAGGAGGCGGGGAGAAAGACCAAACCGUCCUGUAUGCAAACAGGUUUGUGAGCUCGGAAGAUGAAUAGUGGGCCAUUUAUUUCUCCCGGGUUGCAGCUGCAUUCUGCCACUCGUUUCCCUUUUGCUCUCUUCUCAGAUUAUGAUGCACAGAGGGGGGAUUUGUAUGUGAAGUAUGAGACAAGUGGCGUUCUAGAAAGGUAAAUUAUAGUCCUCUCCAGCGCUACACCCCCCUCUGUCAAUCUAAUGAAGGAGGGUUGAGCACAAGAGGAGGCUGUCUCCCUUUAUGAAGCCUAAUGAAAUAUAUUUGACUGCUUUGCAGGGGAUGCUAUUUCAGCCCAAUGUAGGAUUGAUAUAAAGGAAACCGUUAAAAUCGACACAGCUGCAUAUUGGUAUUAACUGUCUUCAUAUUUCAAUAUUUUCUGAGGGUUACGAUGGCUGUGGGAACUGUUUAUUAAUCCAAAUUUCCUAUUUUUGUUUAAUAAAAAAAAAAAAAAGAUCAAAUUACGAUGACGUAAGAUGCCCUGAAAAUACCUUUUGUGAAUUUUAGAUUAAAAUAGAUCACGGGCCUGCUGCUGUUUCGGCCCCUGAGCUGAGCCCUCAUGUCCAUGUGUGCUGCAGGUCUGAUGGAGUUCCAAACGGAGGGUUUGCACUUUGUGGAAGCAAUUGCUUAUUUAUUGAGGCGACUGCCCGUGGCGUCGUGGGAAAGUUAUUACGGCUACAGUGUGAAGACAGAUUGGCUGGUCCACUUGGUGGCCACCUUGAGGGCGGGCGGCUGUUUCCACAGAAGGAUGCUGAUAGCGUCCACUGUGGGGAAUUUUGUCAAUUAUCAUUUAGUAAGUGGGGAUUGAAGAAGAGUUGUUUGUGACAAUAUGCUAUCUGGACAUUCUUGAUCAAUACUUUAAGGUGCCGUUUAUGAACUAAUCAAUGUCCUAAUGGCAGCAUAAUUGUAGUUUACUACUGGUUGGCUUGAUGAACACUAGAUUGAAGUUCAGAGGAUCAAGUUGAGCACUCUCACUUUUGUUGAACAAUGAAUUAUGUGUUUGUCUAUGUUCAUAUUCUGAGGUAACAUUCCUAUGUGGUUUUUGGCUGAUUAAUUUAUAUAUUUAACUCCUGCACUCCAGUAUUGUGUUAUUGCUAUUAUAGAACUACGGUAACUUAUCUGCUGUGGUAAACAUCCAUUACAAGGUUGCAUCUGGUUAAUUUCACGGGAACAAUGUUACAUUAUUGGCUGAUCUUAGCCAAUCCUAACAGCCGUGAUAACCCAUAAUCCAAUAUAGCGUAAUUGCAUGCUGUAAUUAUAGUGUUCCUGUUUCGCACUCCCUGCUAUCAAGCGUACCGUUGCCUUUCCUCUCUGUGAUCUUCCACUCGACAGAGAAUUUGACCAAUAACGCACUGACUGCUUUAACAUCACUGGCCUCCCCUCCACCCACUUUAA